AAAAGUGAAAAAUUUUAAUUAUUUUUUUUAUUUUAAAGUUUUGUGUUCCAUGGAUACAUGCGAUCCAUAUAUAUGUACCCAUAAAUCACAUGCAGUUCAUUAAUGUACGCCUAGCAACCCCCGAGAAAGGUCAACGUUCUUCAAAUUUCAUUCUUUGUUGUAUUUAUAAAAUGAUCGCACACGCGAUGAAAUUAGAAUGUAAAAUGUGUGAAUAUCUCUGUGUUCUUAUAUUUCCAAAUAUAUAAAAUGUCAGACAAAAGCAACAACAAUCAUUUAAAAAGAAUUGAGAAAGACAAAAUGCAAGAGGUGAUUGACACGAAUACGACUGACAAAAAGCUUCCACCUGAGGUACAAGCGCAGAAAAGGCCCAAACCUGCAAUUCCACCUCGACCUGCUCGUAUCGCUAAUCAAGGAUAUAAGAAACCAGCCACUUCUGUAUCCAAUUCAAAUUCACAUAUUCCAUCAAACAAAAAUUCAAAACUUCCUGAGAAUGAUGAUGCUUCUUUACAACAUAAGAAAAAUUCACCUAGAAAUUCCCCUAAACUCCAUCAUCGUGUUGAGACCAUACCUUUAGAGACAAAGACAAAUAAAACUAAUUAUCAUCAUCAAACAAACCAUUCUGGUAAGCAUGAAAACGAUUGUAUUCUUGCUGAUUCCAAAGGUGAAGAAACGGUAUUAAUUGCCUCUAAAAAUAAGUUAGAACAAAGUGAGACAGGCACAAAAUGCUUGCCAUCAGGUUUAAAUGAAAAUAAGAAUAAGAAUAUUAACCCACCUGUUGCUGAAAAAUGCAAAAAUGGCAAAUUAUCGAUAACUGAACUGUCUCAUGUGGAGUCCACUUGUGAAAAAGAUUCAGAGACUUCAGGAUAUGAAGUCCACACAGGAAAUACCGAGGACUGUGUGUUAAAUAUAAAACCAAUGGACAAUGAUUUAGUUGUAGUUAAUGACAAGUCAUCUGUGAGAACAAAGAACAAAAACAAGAAGGAACUGGAUCUAAACUCUUCCCAUUUGUCUGUAGAAAACAAAGAACAAACUAAACCUGCAAAACCUGACAGACCUGCAAGACCUGACAGACCUGCAAGACCUGACAGACCUGCAAGACCUGACAGACCUGCAAGACCUGUGAAACCUGCAAGGCCUGCAAGGCCUGCAUUAUUGAUAAAGAAAAAUGAUGUGAAAAAAUCCAAAUGCUCACAAGAAUCUCUUAAGACUGAAGGAAGUGACAAUAUUGAUGUUUCAAAUAAAACAUCACUAUCUUUAAACACAGAAGAUUAUGAUUCUGAGGACAGUCAUAAUGUUGAUGUAUUUGUUUUAAAAACAUCUGUGAAACCUGAAACACCUGUAAUAGAAAAAGAUUUUCAUCCAAAUUCAUCAAAUGAUUCUCAGGAAUCUGUUGUUUCCAAGGAAAGUCAUACAAAUACAUUUAUAUCUAAUAAACCUGUUCGACCCACCAAACCAUCAACACCAAUGUCAAAAACAGAUUUUCAUCCAAAUUCAUCAAAUGAUUCUCAGGAAUCUGUUCAUUCCGAGAAAACUCACAACAAUGCAUCGAGCUUGAGUGAAGCUACUAGACUAACCAGACAAGUCCAAUCUUUGCCUGAGAAGAAAUUGGAUCCAAACUGUUUGAAACACUCAGAGGAAUCAUAUGAUUUGAAAGUUAAUGAAAAUUUUGAUGCUUCAAUUGCAACAUCCACUGUUCAAACAUCCACUUGCGUCUUAGAAAAUCAAAUUAAUGACGGGUCAAGCAAGCUUACGAGACCUGUGGCUCCCAAAAGAAAGAAAAAAAUACAAAAUUUGAAUUAUGUAUCACAAGAUGUUCAAGAUGUAAUGAAAAGUGUGAAAGAAUCUGAAAAUUUAACUUCCUGUAAUAAUAACUUGGUAAAACCACCGGAGGAUAACAAUAGAAAAGACAAUGUUAAAAAUGUCGAACAUCUUGAUGAAAAAGUUGUAAAAGAAAAUAAUGUGAAGCAUUGUAGUGAUGAAAAUGGCGAUAAAACAACAGGAUAUUUGAAGAAUGAAAAUGUAGACAUUGUCGACGAGAAAAAGCAACCAACUUGUUCAGCCUCUGAAAGUUCAGAGCGUGUUAGUAAUGAUUUAUUCUUAGCAAAACCUGAAAAACCGAAGAGAAGCUUUAUUUCACCAGUCAAGCAUGUUUUAAUAGAGUCAGAAAUAGAAACAGAACAAGUAGAAAGUGAAAUCCAUGGUUCAAAUGCAAAUUCUUCUGUAAGUGCGAGUAAAGCAUCUGCCAAAUCUUUCGCUCUCGAGCAAAGUACAAAAAGUGGGGAUCCCAUAGAACUGUCGUUUGAUGAAAUCAAAUCGAACUCAAUCGAGAAUGAAGAAAAUUUUGUAGGAGAAACAGAUGAAGAAGAAUGUACGUCUGGCAACAAAGAUAUUCAAAAAUCUUUCCAAGAACGUUGUGCAUCUAAAAACCUGAAAACUUCCUUUGAAGACGCUACUGAAACGAGGGAAGUUGAUAAUAAUACAUUUGUAGAGCCUUCUGCACCUGACUUUCCAUCUUGUUCUAAAACUAAAUUUCCUACCGACCAUCAUCAGUUGGAUUGUAGUUUAGUUGAAAACCGCGAAGGGAUUGAAAGUUUCAAUAAGGUUGAUGAUACUGCUUACUGUGAUAACGUCGUGAAAAAUAAUGAUGGAAAUAUUAAAAAGAAACGUAAAGCACCUGAUCUUCCCGAUAAAGUUGCGAAUAAAAGUGUUUGUGAUAAUUCUGACACGUCGGAGGAAGAAAACAAAUGUAAUAUUGUUGGUUGUGCUGGAACAUUUGCAGAAAAUCAAGAUGUGACGAAAGACGAUGAGUUGGAACGGACUUGGGAACCACAAUCUGUAGAGGACUAUAAAUGCGUAGACAAGGACAUUGAGGUGUAUCAUAAAGCGACUGAGGAUGAAGAAUCAUCUUUUCAUAUAGAAGAAGCGUCGAUAAAGGAAUUUAAAAAUACGUCUGCUGAGUCAGACUUAAAAUCAUUUGACACGGAAACGACGCCUCCAGUCAAACCUAAGAGAACAUUACUACUUGAAAGUGAAUCUCCAACAGUCAUCUUCAACAAGGAUGAAACAAGUGAAGUUUCUUCAACGGAAAUGAAUGAAAAGCUACAAAACAUUGAUAAUAUGGAAGAAAAGGCUGAUGAUAGGCCAGCGAAAGAUCCUCUUCCUGUGAAGACUAAACCCGCAAGACCUGCUGCUCCUUCACCACGUGGUAGAAACGAAUUGUUGCGUAGUGUUAGUUUUGGAGCUAAGAUGAAAAUAAAACAACCUCUUAGACCCAGACCUCCCACAUUUUUUGUGAGCAAAACGACAAAUGAACGCGCGUCAUUGGAUGGAAAAGACAGUGAAGAUUCAUGUGAUGAAAACGUAUCAAGAACAGUUCAAAACACCAACGAUAACUCGGCAAAUGAGAUCAAAGAAAGCAAGGGUUCUAGUUCGGACUCCAACUCCGACACUGAAAUGGAAGCAGAAACGCAAGAAAAAAGCAAAACUUAUUAUAUCUCACGUGAGAUUUUAUCCACCGAGAAAACAUUUGUUGAUGCAGUUAAACUUGUCUCUGAGGAUUUUGUAGAAGUAUUAAAGAAUGAAAGUAAGAAGUAUGGCCGUCCUAUUAUCGCGGAUGAAACUUUGCAAGAAAUCCUAAUGAAUAUUUCUCAAAUUUAUAAAUUUGACUCUGAAUUCUUGAAAGCACUUGAGGAACGUAUGGAAAAGUGGGAAAACGAACCGAGAAUAGGUGAUAUUAUCAAGAAAUUUAGUCCUUUUUUAAAGAUGUACAAGACUUAUAUACAAGGUUAUGAUCAUGCAAUGGCUCUCCUUACUGAAGCAAUGAAAAAAUAUCCGCAAUUUGCAGUUGCUGUUCGUGACUUCCAGUCAAGUGAAAGAUGUCAAAAUCUCACUAUUGGAAUGUACAUGUUAAAGCCAAUACAGCGUAUUCCAAGUUAUCGUUUACUUCUUAUUGAUUAUUUAAAACAUCUCAAUAAGGAUUCAUUGGACUAUAAAGAUGUUUCAGAUGCCCUUCAUAUUGUUUCUGAUGUUGCUACACAUAUAAAUGAAGACAUGAAACGAGUGGACAAUUUUGAAGAGGUGUUAAAAGUUCAAAGAAGUUUGGUUGGACAAAUUGAGAUUGUAAAACCUGGGAGAGAACUGAUCAAAGAAGGACUUUUGAUGAAACUAUCACGUAAAGAAAUGCAACCCAGAAUGUUUUAUUUGUUUACUGACAUUCUUUUGUACACGACGCCUGUAGCCAAUAAUCAAUUUCGUUUGAAUCUUUUGUUACCUUUGGAGGAAAUAAAGGUCGAAUUGCCUGUCUCGCCUGAAUUCGACAAUGAAUUUAGUAUCAUCAGCACAAAAAAAUCGUUCAGUCUCUCUGCAAGUACUGCUGAGGAAAGAGACGAGUGGCUCGAGGCCUUACGUGAUGCUUCUGAUGAAAUUCGUAAGAAAAGAAUUACUUUUCAUGUGGCCAUUCAUAAGGAAACGAUAGAUGAGGCGGAACAAGAAAAUGAAGAGGAAAAUGAGAGAUUGGGCAGGAAGGCACCUGUGUGGAUCCCAGAUACACGUGUAUCUAUGUGUAUGUUGUGUACGGAUGAUUUUACUGUAACAAAUCGGCGCCAUCAUUGUAGAGCUUGUGGAAAGGUCGUCUGCAAUUCCUGUUCGUCCAACUCAACACAACUUGCUUAUUUGAAUUACGAAACGGCGAGAGUGUGUGAUAUUUGCUUUGAAGAACUUAGCGGAGGAAAGGCAAACACAUCCAGAACAACUGUAGCUAAAACUAAAAGCACAGAAAUCAAAAGAAAAGAAUCCAAUCCAAAGAUAAAUGCUUCUAAAAAGUUGCGAAAGUUGAAAAAAUCUAAAGAGAUUCCUGCCGUUGAAGAGUCAACCAUCAGCGGCUAUCUCAAACAAAAAAUUGGCAAAAAAUGGCAGAAACGAUGGUUUGUGAUUAAAGACAACGUUCUUUACGCAUCGAAAGCCAGUUCAGAUCCAGCUGCACAAGAGACAACACCUUUACUUGGUUAUGAUAUUCGUGGCCCAGAUAAAAUGGAUGGAGAUAUUAAAAAGAUUGUAUUUCAGUUGAUCCACGCUGGAACUGAACCUGUAAUAUUACAAACUGAUAGCAUGAAAAAUGGCGAGCUAUGGGUUAAUGCUUUACGACGUGCAACAAUUUUGCCUGUCGAGUGAAGGAAUUUUAAUACCGAAUGAAUAAACGUUUCCACAAGGAAGAGUGAGUGAUCAUUUCAAAUCCAGAGGGCUUUUUAUAAAUCUGAAAACAAAAAACACGUAUAAUUAUUAAAAUAAAUGCCUUUUAACAAAUGUAAAAUAUAUAGAUGCAGAGUGUAUACAUUACCGCCAUUAAAUUUUGAAGAUGUGUG